CGGUCGCUACGUAAACCGUACAAGUUCGUCCCGGUAGUUGAGCGGAACAUCUGAUCAGGGCUCAUGCCUAGCCGGCAUGACUUCCGAAUCCGUCAAAGUUGCCGUGCGCGUUCGUCCGUUCAACGCAAGGGAGAAAGAACGCAAUGCAAAGCUCGUAGUGGAAAUGGAGCAGAACAUGACGAUAAUACGAGAUCCAGACAAUGAAGGCGCUGAACCUAAGAAGUUUGCUUUUGAUUAUUCCUAUUGGUAUGUGUCGGUUUGUGUUGCUGUUGUUUUUUGUUCGCGUGAUGAUAUUGUGGUUGUGGUAUGGAGGUCUCAUGACGGAUUCCAUACUGAUGAGAACGGAGUGUUUAUGCCUGUCACUGCAAAGUAUGCCGACCAGAGCCGUGUGUUUAAGGAUCUCGGUCAGGGUGUGUUGGACAACGCUUUUCAAGGUUUCAACUGCUCUCUGUUUGCAUAUGGUCAAACAGGGUCUGGCAAGUCAUACUCAAUGGUUGGCUAUGGUGCAAACAAGGGAAUAGUGCCAAUGACUUGUGAUGAGUUGUUCAAGACUAUUGAGGCAAACAAACCUACGUCAUCAACAAAAAAUGCAGUUACAUUUAGCAUGUUGGAAAUCUACAACGAGCAGGUGCGGGAUCUCCUCAAUAAAACCUGUCCUAAAGGAGGCCUUCAAGUACGUCAAAAUCCUAAACUGGGACUGUUCUAUGUCCAAGAUCUCAAGAGAGUUCCUGUUGGAAGCUACAGGGAAAUUGAGAAAAGAAUGGAGGAAGGCACUGCAAACAGAACUGUAGCUUCUACCAACAUGAAUGCAACGAGCAGCCGUGCACACACUGUUGUUACAAUCAUGUUUGACCAGAUUGUGAAGAACGAAGCUGGACAGGAAACGAAGAAGAGCAGCAUGAUUAAUCUCGUUGACUUGGCAGGGAGCGAACGAGCUGAUAGUACGGGUGCGACAGGUGAUCGUUUGAAAGAAGGUGCAAACAUCAACAAAAGUUUGUCGUCACUUGGAAAUGUUAUAUCUGCAUUAGCUGAAGAAGCUGCUGGAAAGAAGAAAGUUCUUGUUCCGUACAGAGACUCCAUCUUAACAAAGCUUUUGAAAAAUGCUUUAGGAGGAAACAGCAAAACUGUUAUGAUUGCAGCGUUAUCACCUGCUGACAUCAACUAUGAUGAAACAUUAGGAACACUGCGUUAUGCUGAUCGUGCAAAGAAGAUUAAGACUAGGGCUGUUGUGAACGAGAGUCCGCUGGACAGACUGAUACGUGAACUACGGGCAGAAAACGACAAGCUAAAGAGACAGUUGGAUGGUGGAACUUUGGUAAUGGCUACCGGCAUAGAUGCAAAAGAACGUGAGCGCUUGCGAAGAGAGUUGGAGGAGGAGUUGAAAGCGCAGCUUGCUGCAAAUCAGUACAUGCUAGGCGACUUGUCAGAGAGUCAUGAUGAGAAGCUGAGGCAAACAAGAAUAGAAUACGAUGCUAAGCAACUGGAGGUAUUAAAUCAACAAAAGCAGCGAGAGUCACAACCCCAUCUGGUUAAUCUGAAUGAAGACCCGAUGCUGUCAGGAGUAGUGGUUCACAUCUUAAAUGAAGGAGAGAUGACAGUUGGCAGAAGGAAUGCUGAUCCUCCUCCGAAUCUAGCACUGUCUGGCCUUAACAUUCAGAAGAUGCAUGCAGUGAUUACAGUAAUGGGUAUGGAGGUUACAAUACGGCCAUGCAGGGAUGCCAAGACUGUGGUCAAUGGACGUCCACUAACGGGAGAACGUGUGCUGGAACACAAGGAUAGAGUUUUGUUUGGAUCUGGUAAUCACAUGUAUGUGUUCAUGAAUCCAAAGAACACCAGUCAGGUAGAUGAAAAUGUUCCUGAUGAGAUUACAUGGGAGUUUGCUCAGAAGGAAAUUGCAGAAGCCAAGGGCUUUCAGACAAAAGUGUCAACAGGCUUGCCAAGAGACCAACAAAUAGCACAAGAACAAGUCAUUGAACUGUUGCCACUUGUCAGCCAAGUGAAUGCCAUAAGUGAAGAAUUGAACAAACAUAAGGCGUUCGAAGUAAUCAUCUUAUCAGCGGCAGCACAAGAAGGCAAAGGAACAAAGCCUAAAGUGAUGGUCAAAAUGAAAAACCUUAUGAACAGCAACGUGUGGCUUUGGGACGUAGGAAAGUUUAUGAACAGACGAUUCCUUAUUCAAGAUAUGUAUGAAAAGUUUCUGGAUAAUCCUGAAGAAAUGGCUGCUAUUAAACGAGAAGAAGAUCCUUUCUGGGAGCCAAUUGAAGACAUCUUGAUUGGAACAGCUAAUGUGUUUUUACAGAACUUGUCAUUUGCACUGGAUUUCGAUGACAUAGUUGCUGUGCGAGACUACAAGGGACAACAAGAGGGCACGUUGGUUGUUGCUGUAACACCAACAAAUCAGUCAGGAAAGGCACUGCUAGAUGAAGAAGCAUUUGUUGAAAAUUCGUCUGAGCUUAUUGGAAAACCGUUUCAUUUUAAGAUAUUCAUUCGUUGUGCAGAGAUUGAGAAGCCUCGAUUUUCCAGAGGCAUUCGGUGUUCGUACUUUAUUCGAGGGCGACCCGAAUCUAUUCAAACAGAACUAGUGAAGGACACGUUGACUCCAGAAUUUAAUCAUUCACAUUUGGUCACAAUUGAUACUAUGGAUACCAACACUUUGGAGUACUUUGAAUCAGGAUGUAUUACAUUUUCUGUGUAUGGCCUUCAAGAAGACACGCUGCCUGACCAACGACUGGCGAAAAUGACAACAAAGGAAUUGCGAAAAAUGGAGCAUCUGCAAGCAGGAAGUUCCAUGUCUCCGAUGAUUUCUCGUCGUGUAUCGAAUGUCCAAGGUGAUCCUAACCACGAUGAGCUGCUGUCUCAGUUGAAGACCGAGAAUCAGACUCUACAACUGAAAUGUGAACGUCUGCAGAAAAAAGAAAAACGAAUCAUGGAUCUAUUGCAACAGUGGGAGGAGAAAUCUCCUGAAGAUCAAGACUUUCACAGUUUUUAUCGUACAAUCUAUGCAGCCAUUCACGGUGGAUCACGGUUCAAGCUCAGAGCCAAGCUGUUGAAACAGAUGGUAUCUGCCAGUAAACAAGUAAGGUUGAAGUCUACUUCAAGUACUUCAAGUACCACUGGGGCGGACACGGAUCAUGCAAACGCAAGCAAUGGUCAAAACGUAGAACAACACGUUGAGGGAAGUAAGACUUGUACAGUUCAAUGA